AUGGGUUGUUCAGUGCCUGAAGAUAGUAACUAUGAAGAACUAAUCUCACUGAAAGCACUUCUGAAUUAUCCAGAGGAAGUUGCGUUACGUUUGACCGACACGGAAUAUCAGCUAUUUUACCAGGUGCCCCCCAUAGACUACCUGCGGCAGGUGACGCUGGACCUGGGCGGCGAGGGCGUGCUGGGCGCCGUGAGCGAGCGCCACAUGAUCCGAAGGACUCCCCCUACACACACGCAACAGACCAAGAGCACUGUCAGAGCGCUCAUAAGGAGGUUCAACGAGGUGUCCGCGUGGGUGACAGAGCUGAUCCUCUCUCACUCGACAGCAGAAGAGCGGAGGGCGGCGCUGGUGUGCGUGCUCAGGGUUGCGCUCACUUGCUGGAACAUCGGCAACUUCAACGGAGCCAUGGAGAUCGUGGCCGGACUCAAGUCCAACAAGCUGAAAGCGUUUUGGCACAGUCUCUCGGACGAGCCGCUGCCAGCCCUCAACUUUCUCUCCGCUGCGCUGCUCUCUGCAGAGUACGAGCGCGCUCUAGGGAGAGCGCUAGCGAUGCCCGAGUGUCGACUAAUACCGUUCUUCGGCGCUUUUCUUAGAGAAUUAAGGGAGAUCUUAGCAGCUGCUCCAGCUUUAACGAGCCAUUCAGUAGCAGCCACUCCUACACACAAAAGGGAUUUCAAAAGAGAAUCGAUGAAAGAUGACAGAUCUUCCCUAAAAAAGGAUAGUAGAAGAGAGAGCGGCAAGCGAGUGGACCAAAGUACAACAACUAGUCCUCAUAGGGACAGCUGUAAGAGAGAUCCUAGACUAACGGAGACAAACAGACAAGUGUACAUAGCAUCAUUUGACGAAGACGGCGAGCAGACGCCGGGCUGGCGGCGCGUAGGGCCCGAGGGACUGAUGAACCUGGAGAAGGUGUACCGGACGCAGGCUGUGAUGGACCACAUCGCCAGCUUCCACCAGCACCACUACGCGCUGUCCAGGAACAAUGCGCCUGUGUUUGGAGAUUACCUCAGAGCAGCGUUGUCCGCGUGCGACGAGCCGGUGUUCGCGCAGCCGACACAGAAGCCGAGUGGUUGCGACUUCGAGAAUGAAGCGCUAUACGAACUGGAAGGCGGCGGCUACUGCCCUGUGCAGCCACUCGUCCACGACCACGGGGUCACGAUGUUUCCAAUAGCGCCACAAAACGGGGAUAGGAUGGACAGGCACGUUUUACAGAUAAUGCACCACGGCACGGCGUGUGUAGUGGGCGAGGCGGAGUGGGGCGGCACCCUGGCGCACCUGCGGCUGGAGAGGGCGUGCGCUCUGCUCACCUGGUGCAGGACAGCACACAGGCCGUACCCUCAACAUGGUGAAACCCUGUCAGAAAACAUUCAACAACCAGAAAUGUCUCUCUCGUACAACCCUGAAGAUGUGAUUCCGAUAAAAUACACGACCACGCUGGCACAUGACAAUGAGGCGGGAGUGGUCGGGGAAGAAGGUUUUAUCGAUCUGCAAUGCGUGAAAGACAUGCGUCUGAACGGCAAGCUGCUGGAGGCGCGCGAGGUGCACGAGCUGGCGGCGAGCGCGCGCCGCCACGGGCUCGAGCCCUCCGCGCAUGGACCCAACCUCAUCACGCUCGUCUACGGGAACACCCUCAGCGACAACCGGACUGUGCACUUCGUGCUGCCCACCUACUGCUACAGGGUGUGGGCAGUAGGUUUGCACGCGGUCAUUCGAGCUCUGAUGAGCCAAGCCAAGCUGGCGGACCGGAGUUUAGCGUGGUUGAAGAACAAAUACACAGCAUUGUAUUACGAAGACGGCUGCUGCUGCGAGCCGCUGGUCUCCGAUGCGAUACGGGUGUUCGGUGGAAGAGAGUCGACCUGCGCAACUUCUUCUCACUCCACGCCCGUCAAAAGCACGUACACAGAUUCACAUUCAGACUCUAUUAAGAGUACUGGAAUUAAAUUUAAGAAAAACAAAUCGGCAACGGAACUAAAGUCAGCCUCGCCGAAGAGCUACGGUUCUGUUUAUAAUUCAGGAGCGAGGAGUGAAGAUGAGUUUCACGGAUCUACAAGACACAGUUCCUACACAUCAUCAUUUCACCAUCACUCGUCGGUGCCAAGACACAGCAGUCUGACUACAGCAGCUACCAGUAUACUGUCAAGAUCACCUAAUAGAAACAGCAGUUUACGAAGGUUGGAGACGAACGAGAGACUAUGGGACGGACAGAAACCGAGAACCGGGUCGGUGGGACGCGACACGCAGUUGGAUUUUAUGGACUUUGUUGGAUUAUUUAGAAGCUUUAGUUUGGUUAUGCGACCCGAACUAAGGGACGUAUUCGAACAGUUAGCGGUACCCAGAAACCGAUCAUCACUUCUCUGCGCCGAAAAAAGCCGGAGCUCUCCCGAACUGUUCAGAAGCAGAACAGUGUUUAGGACUGGCCUACUGACAAGAAAUGGAUCUUUAGACCUGGAACCACCGAGCGAGAAGAUAGGGAGAAAGAGAGCUUUCGAAGUCCUGGCGGCUGCGGCACUGCCCGGGGCAAGUCCCGACAUCACCGGGCGAGUGCUCUCACUUCCUACACUUGGGAAAUUCUGCGAAACGAGGCAAUGUGAACCCAAGACUGAACAGCAACUCAGAGAUAUAAUACAGAGACACGAGCCGGACCCGAUGUUGAGAGCUGAGAACUGCCUCUCGUUCGAAGGUUUCGUCAGAUUUCUGACGGACAAAGACAACUACGCGUUCGUCCCGGAACAGAGAAGAGCGAAUAAUUUUAUUACGAAACUGUCAGAAGAAGACGAAGUGAUGAAAAACAUCAGCAAGGACAUGUCGGGCCCCCUCAGCCAGUACUACAUCGCGAGCAGCCACAACACCUACCUGACAGGCCACCAGCUCAAAGGAGAGUCCUCCGUCGAGCUGUAUAGCCAGAUCUUUCGCCGGCUGGGUACCAGUCUGGCAAACCACAGAGCCUCGCUCUCGUCAGAGUUGGGUUCUCUGUGGGAUUUCAUUAGGAUAGACCGCGACCGAAGACGCUCAGCCCCGGCAGGCACAACAUAUGAACCGAUUCAGUCAGACUCCAAGUCUCCAGUCAGAUUGGCCCGGGACCUUUUGCAGGUUAUACAAGAAACAGUCUUCUCCAAAAAAUUUGACGAGCCAAAACCAUGUCCCCUUGUUAAAGAAGAAUCAGACUUGAGUGAGGAAGAAGGAAACGAAAAGAGAAUUGCAAAUCUAAUAGAUUUCUUCUUUACAAUUGUUAAGAGUCAGAAAGAAGAAAGAAAAGGAAGUGGUGGCAGUUGCUUCAAAAGUGAGCCAAGUCCUGAUGAAGAAAAAAAAGAUACAUCUCAUAACGUAAAUAAAGAAUUGGAAGAAAAAAUGGAAACAUUGAUGGAAUUCUUAGCUACGACUGGCUGUAUGGGAAAA